GGGAACUUUCUCGGAGUGAAUCAUUGCUAAAACUAGGUUGUAGAAUCGAACUUUUUGUUGAACUUUGGAGUAAUCAUCUAUCAAAAAUCGGAGAAGUUGGGUCAUAACCCCUACCCACUCCCCUAUGAAAAUCUCAACGGAUUUACACGAUUUGGAAAAACGACCCUUAGAGAUCCAGAAAAAUCGGAAAAUCCGGCAUAUGCCGGAAAACUUUCACCCAUAAAAACCCAGUGGACGAAUCGUCCGGAACUGAUUUUUUGUAGUGGACGAAUCGUCUCGAGUUACUCAGUGGACGAAUUUUCAGUGGACGAAUCGUCCGUGGACAAAUUGUCCAGUGGACGAAUCGACUGCAUCCCAAAAACGUGUACAACCUAUGUUGAAUAUUGCAUUGUGGGAAAUUUGUGUUCUCGUCAUCACUGCGACCUCUGACCUUCACCUUUCCGCGAGGAUUUCAAAUAAUCGUGUCAUGGGGAAUCCCGAAAGUAUUGGUCUAUGUAAGUAUUUCAAUUUCGCACUUUUCAUUGAUUUUUUUACACAAAUGUAUUACAGGUGAGUUUACUAAUCCAUAUUACUGUCUAUUUUAUUAGCUUUAAAGUCAGGAAUGUCCCUUUAAGGUCCACACACAGCCGUCUAGGCUAUUAGUUGUUAGUAAAGAGAAGUCUGCGUAGUGGCCUUACACCUACUCAACGACUCGUUAAACUCACUCUAGGUGGGAGCCGGUACCGGAAAGCGAAGCCGGUACCUACCAGGUUUAAAUCCGAUAGCUUAACCACUACACCACCGAACCCGGUUACAAUAUUAUAUUUGGGACACACAUCGAGGGGGCGGGGUGGGGGUGUUAUGGAGCGACAGGAAAGUAUAAAAGGUGGGAGAAAAAGAGGUAUGAUGGGAAAGAGGGUCAGAGUAUAGUAAUUACUUAACCGUUUAUUGUAUGUAAUAAUAGUUGUUAUUGCAAUUAGUUAUCGUUGUUGAUGUGCAUUUGUCCAAAACGUCUCUUUUUUUGCCAUUCUUUGAAGACACGGGUUUGUGAAGACGAUCCAACAACGUAUUUCUCUGGAGACAUCUGACAAAUGACUCCUAUCAUUUUUAGUGGCAGAAGAACAAGCGCCCGAAGAGAAUGGUCAGGAAAAAAGCAGAUCUCUGAUCCAGUGGUUUUAAAUUACGCCGACUCUUGAAUCCCCCAGUGUGUGACACACCAAGCAUCAUCAAUCUUAGAACGCAAACGUGGACGUCAAAAUCAGAGUCUAUAUAAAAGCCAAAUCAAAUCAUUCUGCAAGAGACGGACGCAUAAUGUUUUAGCGCUCGGUUUAUUGAACAUAUAUUUUAUUCUUAGUUUUCUCAAGAAACAGAAUAAUAUUGUUUCAUUGGAUUCUGCUGAAACUCUCGAGGACAGACCGAAAUGAUCUCACAUAGCGCAAUGAGUGUGUAGGCGGAUAUAUACAUAACAGAACACUGGAAGUAUAACUAGGUCAGUGAUGAAGAUGGCCCCUUGUCUUAUACCGGGAACUGAAUGCUGUUUAAUAGCAUUUCAAAUCAGACGGGCAAUUUUGACUUUUAUAGACAAACUAUUCCCAAUGGCUCAACAAAACUGAAAUGAAGUAGAGGUUUUUUAUUGUCCCGUUAUACGCUUAAUAUCAUAAUACCUUACCAAUCGGUGUUAUACCCAAAGCCACCAGGGUAGCUCUCAUCAGAAAUGUUCAUUCAUUUCAAUCAUUAAUUCGUUCGUUCGUUCGUUCGUUUGUUCAUUCAUACAUUCUUUUAGUUAGUUCAACAGCCAGUUACUAUUCAUAACCAAUGACGUAGCCAGGAUUUUAUAUGGGGAUGGGGUGGGGUGGGGUGGGGUGGGAGGGGGGUCAACCCACACUAUGUAUAUAUGUAUGUAUGAUUUAUAAACUUUAAUACAGUAAAAAAAAAGAGGUUUAAUUAGGUGUGAAGGUAUCAUGGCCCCCGUGUCCCCCUCCCUACGCCACUGUUCAUUAACAGCCACCUCCAUUAAAAAUAAUAUACUGCUUGUAUCCAAAUAAGUUAUAAGCACGUUGUCCUGGGGACAUACCUCAGAAUUUGUCCAGAAUUAAUGAAUACUUAUUGAUGAUUAAUGAGAGAGAUGUCCAUGUAGUAACCUUACAGCUUUUCAUAAAACUGGUAAAAUUAACUCUGGGUGAGAGCCGGUGCCGGGAUGCGAACCGAAUACCUUUGAACCUUAAGUCCGAUGGCUUAAUCAACAGCAACCAAGCAGUGGUGUAGCUAGUUUGGUCUUUAAUUGGGUUGCACCAACAUUGGGAUUGGGUGGGGGUGGGGAACCACACUCUCUAAUUGAAAUUGAUUGAAACAAAUGUUAUUGCUUUUUAAAAAACAAAUAGAUCAUGCACAAGUGACAUAACUUACUAGUCCCCCAUAAUACAUAUAAGUUACGACAGUAAUAUAUUUUUGCAAUUUAAAUAUGAAUCACUUUCUCUAUAAGUCUUGUUAUUACGCAACAGGAAAAUAUAGGGUGUUUGGUGUGUGUUUGUGCGUGUGUGUGUGUGGUGGGGGGGGGGCAUAACUCCCAUCUCACCAUUACAAACAAGGCCAUCACCCUCUUCAGUUUGUUUUAUUGUAAAACAAAUAGUACUACUUUAAAAAGGUGAACUCAUAAUAAACUAAUAAAGAAAGGUCCCCCCCCCCCCCCCCCAAAACCCAGCGAUACAAAGCAUUCGGCACGCCAUACGUGCAUCCUCGUGUUAAACGCUUAGCAGUUUAAUAAUGUGGCAGUAACUUUAUGCCAUUUUCCUUUUAGUAUUAGACAUAUGACAGCUUAGCAUUGUAUGAAGUUUCCGAUAAUUCAUUCGAGUGCCGUAGCAGGAAUCCCCGGGGUUUAUAUCAAGCGAAAUUAAGCAUCAUCGAAGCCGCAAUAUGGCCAAACAGUUGAGAAAAGUUGCAUAAAUCAAUUUUGCCCAGCAAAUGGCAAGUGUUUGGCGAAGAGACGAACCGUUGUCUGCAAUAACAAGAAACACGCGCCGCUUGCACUUUGUCCUGUUCCAAUACGUGAGAAACCCGAAGACCAUUUCGGCACGUCUUCAUGUAAUAUUUAUACUUAAAAGCUUAAAAGCGCUGGGCUGUGAAUUCCGUCACUGUUUAAACGUACACCAUCCCGGUAAUUAUUCUCCUACGGGCAGUGUCUUCAUUAAUCCAGUUAUUCCCGCGAUCAUGGACUCCUGUAUAAAAACGUGAUUAUGGAGUGGAUUAAAAGGCAAACAGAGAUGGAAUUCCGUGCUACACUUAGCCGUGAACAUCCCCUCGUUUCAGUUUGAGAGCACACAUUUACACACACACACACACAAGGAAGACCACACGAUGGCACUGUUGGAUAAGAUUUCUCGUCGAUCGCGCUCUCUCCCGCUAAACGACCGGUAUCACCGAGUUCGCUUCAUCUCCACUGUAGUAUUUUUCGAUUAUUGAAAUUGGAAGAUGUAUCAACGGUCAGGAGUCGUUAUACCGAGAGAAGUAAAUCACCAUGGGCUGUUACUGCAGUUAAUAACGCUACACCAGAAGACGUUUUAAACGAUUUCUUUUAAAAACAACAACCAAAAAAACAAAGCCUAACAAUGAGUUUACGGUUGCGGUGGUAAACGUCUCACGAAAUGUGGAUUGGAUUUUUGUUUUUGAUAACAGUAUUCAAGACUUCACAAUUGUUUUACGGAGGAGUCCUCACGCAUGUGCAGUACGUAUUUCCUACCCUGACAGUUCCUACACGCCGGAUUGUUUUUUGUUGUCGUUUGAGUGAAGAUUAACUACUCGUGGUGAAAUUGCACCUGAGUGAUGCCAAUGGAUGCCAGAAUGGUUGUUCGUCAAGUGUUUGGAAUAAGCAUCGUGUCGUUGCUUAUCACGGCCAAGGUACACAAGAUCAACGUAGGUAAGUGGACGAUUUUAUUGAUUGUACGGUCCAUAGCCAAACUCUUGUUUCAUGGUUUAGUUUCUGUGUGCUUUCUUUUUGUCAGGUACACAGGCUGCCGAAUGUACACCUUUACUAUUUAGCAGGAAUAAUUUACGACGAUGCGAGUGUUCAGAUGAAGAAGCUGCUGGAGGACGCUAUGAACGACUACAACCAGCUGUCUCCCUACAACAUGCGCCUGGAGGCUCACAGUCAGCUGGUGAAUCUCGAGGACAGCUUCAACUUCACGAACGCUGUGUGUUCCCACUUAUCUAAUAAUGUGGUGGCCAUUAUCGGCAUCUCCAGCAAGACUCUCCUGGCCACCACCAAAGCCUUCUCCACCAGCCUCAAAGUGCCGUUCAUCCUGCUCAACAGUCCAGCCGACCCUCUUGAUCCGCAGUCCGUGUCGAAAUUCCUAUUUUUCAUGAAACCCUCUCCAUCCAGAGCGAUAGCCGACGUUGUUCAGACGUAUCAUUGGGACGAUAUGCAUUAUUUCUAUUAUACCAACGAAGGUCUGACUCGUUUAGAACAAGUAUUUGACCAUUUUCACAGACAGAAAAUAUCCCCCGACAUCAGCGUGAUGCACGUCACUUCCGCCAAUGACACGUUCAACACACUGAAGCAGAUUCACAUGGAGAACAAGUCACGUGACAUUCGGCUCGUUUUAGACCUAUCAUCAGAUGACGCUGCAGAAGUCAUUCUUAGACUGAGAGAUGCAGAAGACAUUUUGAAGAUACGAUUUCACUUUAUUGUUCCUUUAAUGGACCUUAAAACGUUAAAUCUGACACAGUUCAAAAUAGGAGGAGUAAAUAUUACAGGAUUCGAGUUAGACAGGUCCUCGAUGUCUUCACCGUUUAAGAUAGACAAAGCCUUCGCCAAAGAUGCAGUUUUGGUUCUGACGAAAUCUCUAGAGGAAAUACUUAAAGAGAUUGGAAGCAUUCGACUAUUCAAAAAAGUCAGUCGAUGGCGUGGAAUCAAUAGACUGUAUUUUGAGACGACCCCCAAAUGUGGAACAUCUCAGAACUGGGUUAAAGAACAUGGGGAGAGACUCGCAAAGAAAAUAUCCACAUUAGAAUUUAACGGCGACAGCGGAAAGGUGGCCUUCAACGGAAGAAACGGACAAAGAAAAGAGUUCCAGCUGAAUGUUUUAGAGGUUACAAUGUAUCUUGGUGCGGCAAAUGUUGGAUUGUGGAACGACAAUGGCUUCCAACCACAGAGGCCGACACUGAUUCUGGACAAGGCAAACCGAACAAUAGACAACCGGACCAGGAUUGUGAUAUCUAUAGAGGAGGCGCCAUACAUGACGCGGAGGAAGACGACGGAGCACGGCUACCCCGUGGUGGGCGUGGAGCGAUACCUCGGCUUCUGUGCCGAGCUGGCGAACAAGGUGGCGCUGAACGUGGGAUACGAGUAUCACCUGAGGAUGGUGUGGGACUCCGAGUACGGCAAGACGAACAAGGACGGCACGUGGAACGGAAUGAUUGGGGAGCUCAUUCGGCACGAUGCGGACAUCGCCGUGGCACCCCUGACGAUAACCUCGGACAGGGAGAAGGUUCUCGACUUCACGAAGCCCUUCAUGAGUCUGGGCAUCAGCAUCAUGUUCAAGAAGCCGGAGGACCAGGAGCCGCACGUGUUUUCGUUCAUGGAGCCGCUGUCCCAGGAGAUCUGGCUGUGCACGGCGUUCGCCUUCAUCGGCGUCAGCGUCGUCCUCUUCCUCGUCAGCAGGUUCAGCAGCGUCGAGUGGCAGCUGGACGGACCCGAGCACAAGCUCACCAACGUCUUCACCAUCGGCAACAGCCUCUGGUUCUCACUCGGUGCCUUCAUGCAGCAAGGUUGUGAUGUUUUACCAAAAUCUGUAUCAGGGCGAAUUGUUACUAGCGUGUGGUGGUUCUUCACCCUCAUCGUCAUAUCUUCCUACACUGCCAAUCUCGCCGCCUACUUGACCAACCUCAGGAUGACGUCACCGAUCUCGUCUGCCGAAGACUUGGCCAAACAGACGGAAAUCAAAUAUGGAGUGCGGAAAGGAGGAAGCACGUAUAUGUUUUUUAAUGGUUCAACAGUUUCGUUGUAUCAGCGCAUGAUGUCCUUCAUGGGAUCCCAGCCAUCGGUGUUCGUGGAAUCAAACGAAGAAGGGAUUAGACGAGUUAGAGAUCCGAAGGAAAAAUAUGCUUUUUUAAUUGAAUCAACAACAAAUGAAUUCUAUAACAGCAGGGAACCGUGCGACACCAUGCAAAUAGGUAACAACCUCGACUCCAAGGGAUACGGGAUCGCUACGCCAAUGGGCUCAGAAAUACGAGAUAUGUUAACGCUUGCAACCCUGGAACUACGAGAACAUGGAAUACUGGAAGCUAUGAGGAAGAAAUGGUGGCACCCGAAGAAGGCUUGUCCAGAACCGAAGAAAUUGUCAGAUAAAACUGACAACUCACUGACACUAACUAAAGUUGCUGGUAUUUUCUACAUCCUAAUAGUAGGACUAGGACUCUCCGUUAUUGCUGCCAUACUCGAGUUCCUCUAUAAAACAAGAGUGGAUUCCAGAAAACAAAAUAAAACGUUUCGUUCCGAGGCUAGAUCCAAGUUCCGGUUAUCAAUUAGCGGUCACUCUGACGACGAAUCCAUGGGCGUAAGAACACCUCUGAAAAUAGGCGCUACGUUUUCCUACACCAACGUGGAAACUAGAACGGGAAAAACACAGACAAUAGUAUGACGGGGUCAAAGGUCAACAUUCUUGUGUGUCUUUCAAAGAUAUCUCCCGUGCAGCCAUUGAUCAACUUCUCAUGAUCUGUUAUGCAACUUCUUCAUUUUCAUAUUUUCGGGAGCUGUUCAAAAAAGAUCGUGAGAGGGUGGGGAGAUAAGAUGCAAUAUUCUCCAGUACUCAUUGCCCACAGAAUGAAAUUUAAAUUUUAUUAGGAUUAAUACACAUACAACAACAAACAUGAAACAUGAAACAUAACUGGAGUACCCCACCUCUCUCCUGAGGUUUUCUUUUUGAACGGCUAUAACACUCAUCUCAUCACACAAUUAAUUCAUUGUGACAAUUAUUAUGAAUGUUUUAAGGUGUCUUGUAGUAAAUUCUAGUGUAACUGUAAAUACACAAAUAUUGCCUUGCUCACUUUGCUCUGAAUAAUUAAAAUCUCUGCUGAAUCUUGCAUAUUAUGUUGUAUUUUCUCAUAUAUAUGCACAUGUAACUAGUAUCAUGUCAUUUGUAGAUACCAUGGCAUAAUUAACACAUUUGGUCUUUCUAUCUGUCGGACUAUAUCUGAAUGUAUUUAUUCUUCUCUCACUUCCUUUCUCUCUCGCUCAUAUCUUUCUGUCUAUCUGUAGACAUGUCUGUAUAUAUAUAUAUAUAUAUAUAAAAUACUCUCUCUCUCUCUCUCUCUCUCUCUCUCUCUCUCUCUCUCUCUCUCUCUCUCUCUCUCUCUCUCUCUCUCUC